CAAAUUCUUUUCCUUUGACCUCUCCUUCUCGCAAAAGCUCUUCGUACACCUCCACGGUUCGAUUCGACAUUUGCAUUUCCACGAGAGGUUUUGACGACCGCAAAACAUCCCCAAACCAAUUUCUCAUUUACUCCACGAACCGAUCGUAUUGUAUAACAUUCGCCGCCAUGUCGGAGGAACUGGCCCAGAAUGUCGCCAAGCUCCAGCUCGACGAAGAGACGGGCGAGAUGGUCUCCAAGGGCGAACUGAAGAAGCGCAUGCAGAAGCGUGCGAAAAAGGCUGCUCAGGAAAAGGCUCGCCUUGAGAAAGCUGCUGCCCCUCCUGCCGAGAAGAAGGCUCCUGUGCCCAAAGCUGAAGAGGCUCCCGUCGACCCUGAUGCUAUGUUCAAGCAGGGUUUUCUCGAUGAGGUCUACAAGCUGAGACCCAGCGAAAAUGUCGUUACUAGAUUCCCUCCUGAGCCUAAUGGCUAUCUUCAUAUCGGCCAUGCCAAGGCCAUUGCCGUCAACUUUGGAUUUGCCAGACACCACGGUGGUGUUUGCUACCUGCGCUACGAUGACACCAACCCCGAAAAGGAAGAAGAGAAAUACUUUACCGCCAUUCUUGACAUGGUAGAGUGGCUCGGUUUUAAGCCUUAUAAGAUCACUCACUCCAGUGACAAUUUCCAAAAGCUUUAUGACCUGGCUGAGAAGCUCAUUGGAAUGGGCAAAGCAUACGUCUGUGCUUGCCAGGAUGAAGAAAUUAAACGACAGAGAGGCGGUGAAAAGGGCGAAACACCACGAUACCGAUGCGCCCACGCCGAUCAGUCCGUCGAAGAAAAUCUGACCAAGUUCCGCGACAUGCGUGAUGGAAAGUACAAGCCCCGUGAGGUUUUCCUCCGUAUGAAGCAGGACAUUAGCGAUGGUAACCCCCAGAUGUGGGAUCUUGCCGCAUACCGAAUCAAGACAGAUACCCCCCACCAUAAAACAGGCUUCGACUGGAAGAUCUACCCUACCUACGACUUCACUCACGGCGUAUGCGACAGUUUCGAGGGCAUCACCCACUCGCUUUGCACAACCGAGUUUAUUGCUAGCCGUGUCUCAUACGAGUGGCUUAACAAAAAUCUGGGUGUGUACGAACCUAUGCAGAGAGAAUAUGGCCGUCUCAACUUGACUGGCACCGUCUUGUCGAAGCGUAAAAUCCUGAAGCUGGUGGAAGAGAAGCACGUUCGCGACUGGGAUGAUCCUCGACUGUAUACUCUUAUUGGUAUCCGUCGACGCGGAAUUCCUCCUGGUGCUAUUCUUGAGUUUGUAAACGAGCUCGGAGUUACGACCAACAUCACCACUAUCCCUAUCCAUCGUUUCGAGCAAAGCAUUCGCAAGUAUCUUGAAAAGACUGUGCCACGUCUUAUGAUGGUUCUUGAUCCUGUCCCCUUGGUUAUUGAAGAUGCUGAAGAGCUUGAACUAGAUGUACCCUUCUCUCCCAAGGACCCUAAGAUGGGUUCGCACAAGGUUCGCUUUACGCCUACUGUAUACAUCGAUCGCUCUGAUUUCCGUGAGGUCGACAGCAAGGACUACUUCCGUUUGGCUCCUGGAAAGUCUGUUGGUCUUCUCCACGCACCGUAUCCUGUUAAGGCUACCUCGUUCACCAAAGAUGAGUCUACCGGAAAGGUUACAGAAAUCCGUGGUGUAUUCGAUAAAGAGCUCAAGAAGGCCAAGACAUACAUCCAGUGGGUCGGUACUGCUGGCUCAAGAAAGGUCGAAGCCAGAAUCCACAACCCACUGUUCAAUUCUGAGAAGCCCGAUGAUGUUGAAGGUGGCUUCUUGAAGGACCUCAACCCCGACAGUGAAGUGGUUUAUCCUGAUGCGGUCAUUGAAUCUGGCUUUGAUGAAGUUAAAGCUCGUGCGCCUUGGCCUGAAGCCGCAGGUGAAAGUGAACUUGGCAAGGGUGGACCUGAGAGUAUCCGCUUCCAGGGUCUCCGUGUGGCCUAUUUUGCUGUUGACUCGGACACCACCGACGACAAAAUUGUUCUCAACAGGAUUGUCAGCUUGAAAGAGGACUCCAACAAGAGCUAAGCAGGUGACAACAGAGAAGCUAAAGCCUUAUGAAUUCAGGGAGGUCAAAAAUAACAGUUUCAUGUGUGAGAUGAAGGACAGCGACGGCGUCGGGGGCGGAAAAGCAUUUGAUAUUGGGGUUUCGAGGAGGAUGUGACCGAGACUAUCCAGCAGUAAUGAAAACACUGUUUAGGAAGCAAAGUGUACGACUGUAAGAACCGUCAAAGCUAGUUACAAUUUAAUUUGGCUUCAUUGACCACCAACGAUGGUAUCCGUCUUGGUACCUCGACUAUGGGGCCCCGCGACGCCCGUGCUCCAGAUCUUCACCUGUGGAGCUGGGAGCGUCGCGAUGGCCGCGAGCCUACAUCUGUAGAGAAGGCUAGAUUAAGAUUCGUCUUAUUUCAUUUUGGAAGAAAGGCUGAUGGCCCUUGGUGGCACACCAUCCAAUACAUACCAGGCUGCAAGCUGACUAGAACCCGGCAGUGGCACAUAUGACAGGCGUACCGGCGGUGCGUCAUCUGGUGGAUGGUCUUUUUUUUUGUUGGCGGGCUGGCUAAGCGGCAGCCAGUGAAAAGGCCGCUUUGUCUACAACGUGGCCUAGAGACUCACCCGGAAUGGAACGCCGAAGAAGGCGGCCAGAAAAAAAAAUUCUGCCGGGCAGUAACAUCUUCUCAAGCAGGUCUAGCGCGGGCAGCGACGGUUAUAGUGCAAGAAAAGCUAUCGGAAAGUUAGUUUUGCUGAGCCUCAGCGCUGUUGUCGGGCUGCCCGACGCAACGUACCCGUCGCCUCCCGAC